AUGGCAACUGCAUUCGAGGAUGCUUUGGUGCAGUUUUGCCAAGAUGCGGGCCUCUCCGUGCAAACUGAGCUGGAGCUCUUGGAGCAGGUUGCUGAAGGAGAUACGCCGAUCACGCCGGACCUGCUCUUUGAGUCUCCAGUAUCUCUGCCUCAUCGGAAGGAGUCGGUCAGGUGGAUGGAAUGCAAGAACUUCUACGGAACGACCUUCAACUUCGUGAUUCAAAAGAAGCUGGUGAAGCAGGCGAAACGCUUUUUGGCAUGCAAGCUAAGUCGAGGCUUCGUAGAGUUUGACUAUAACCUUUGA